AUGACGGAUGAACAACAGAGAGAGUUGGCUGUAGAAUUGAUUAGAAACACGCCAGAAUAUAAGGCAGCUUGGGAGCUGGAAUUAUGGAAAAAACGAGAAAAAACUGUCUACAAAAAACAACUUGAAGAGAAGGAAAAACAACACUUGAAGAAUGUGGAAGCAAAAUUAAGAGAGGAAUUUAGUAAAUAUGAAAAACAAAUCUUGGAACAAAAAGAAAUUCUUAAAAGUAAGGAACAACAAUACAAUCAAGUGUUGGAAGAGAUGAAUGCAAGAGAGAAACAAUUGGUAGGAGUUGAACUAGAGCUGAGGAGAAGAAAAACAGAGCUAGAAACUGAUUAUCAAAGAAAAAUCGAGCAUAUGGAACAUGUGAUUAAAAUGGAGAAGGAAUCUUUUCAACAGCGACUGCAAUUGGAAACCAUUAAAAAUCAAGAGCUUCAGAAGAGAAUAGACCAACAAUUAUCUCACGAUGUGAUGGAACUCAAUGAGAGAAUAACAAAGCUUCAAGUAGAAAAUGAAUCCCUUGAAUCAAAACUUCAUCAAGCCACUAAUUCCAAACAAAAUUACAAAAUCCAAUGGAAAAAAGUAUCUGAAGAACUGAUUAGAACAAAGAAGAAACAAGAAUCAGAAUUGAGAAAAUUACAGCAAAAGAUAAUUGCUCUCCAAACUUUACAGACCUCUCCAUUGACUCCUUCACAACCACCUCCAAUGAAUCCAUUCUAUCCUCACCCAAAUAUGCCUCAAAAUUACCAGUAUCCAAAUCAAAUGAAUCCUCACUCUCCAUUCUAUCCAUAUCCUCCAAUGCAAUCCCCAUUCGAUCCGAAUAAUAUGCAACAAAAUCCUCAGAAUUUCAUUCCUCCAAAUCAGCAGCAACAAAAGCAAGAUGCCGAUGAAAUUGGUUCUCUCAAAAAGAUGCUUGCCGAUCUGAUUAAGAAAGAAACAGAAGACAAGAAGGAAGAUAGCAAACUCAAUACUUCGACAUCGAGUUCAGGAUCUACCUCUUCAACAUCCUCAGGAGAGAGCAAUCGUAAGGGUAGUAAGAGAACUUCUCCAUCGUCUUCCCCUCCCACUGUAAAAACAGCAAACUCCACCACAAAGAAAACCUCACCUCCUCGUCAACAACAAACUAAACAGGAAGUUUUUGCCUAUCCAUCGCCUCAUCUCGAUAACAGUAGAUACGAAGAAGAACCAUCCUUAAACGAAACCCAAAACGAUAUUUCUGUUGAGGCUCACAAUUUUGCAAAUCAUGACCAGAACGAGAAUGAUGAAAGAAGCAGAGAGUUUAAACGAUUACUCCGAGAGAAAUCCAGACUUUUGAAAUCUGGAAUUUACGAUUCAAAGAGUGAUAUUAUUCUAGAAAUUGAAAAGAAACUUCAAUCUUUGUAA